AUGGAACUCCCACUUGUCAUGGGCGUCUUGCUCUCUUCUCAGCUUCACAGUCAACACCAGGUCACGAUUCGCUCUGAGGAGCACGCCAACAAGUACCCAUACACCACCUCUUUCACGACUUCGCAAGCCGCAAUUUUCACCGCCCUGAAGAGGGCGAGCGGUCGCAACGAUUGA